UCCCCCGCCUGCAAACCCACUGUCUGCUUGGCACUUUAUGUGGUACUCCAGACCUGUGUUUUAUCUCCAUUUGGAGGAAGAAGAAAUCGCAGCUUAGAGAGGUUAAGUGAGACUCAAAUCAUUCAUCUUGUAAGUGGCAGGGCCAAUAGCCUGAUUCCACAGUCCCCGAGGAGGGAGGCCAGCGGGGGAGAGGGAGCAGGACCCUCCUCCAACCACUCGGGGGGGCUCCAGGACUUGAAUCUGUGCCCAGGUCCCCUUGCCCAUCUGGGACCACCCAGCCCCGUAGGAGGGCUGCUGGGAGAGUCACGGUGCUCAUCCUCUCUACUGUUUUCCCCUUUCCCCCGCCAUAGGAAGAAAACCAUCUACAAGAGUGUGUGCCUGUCGUUGGCCCUGCUCGUGGCCGUCACAGUGUUCCAGCGCAGUCUUACUCCCAGUCAGUUUCUGCAGGAGCCCCUGCCACCCACCCUGGGGGCACAGAAGGCCCAGAAACCGAAUGGACACCUGGUGAACCCCAACAGCUUCUGGAAGAACCCAAAAGAUGUGGUUAUCUCCAGUCCUGUGGCUUGUCAGGGGCCCCAGUCCUGGGAUGUGACUACCAAUAACUGCUCAGCCAAUCCCAACGUGACCCACCAGUCCUGGUUCCGGGGUCUGGAGCCGCACUUCCAGCAGUUUCUGACCUAUAGACACUGCCGAUACUUCCCCAUACUGCUGAACCACCCAGAGAAGUGCAGGGGCGAUGUCUACCUGCUGGUGGUCAUCAAGUCAGUCAUCACGCAGCAUGACCGCCGCGAGGCCAUCCGCCGGACCUGGGGCCACCAGCAGGAGUCUGCGGGCAGGGGCCGAGGCGCCGUACGUACUCUCUUCCUGUUGGGCACGGCCUCCAAGCAGGAGGAGCGUACCCACUACCAGCAGCUGCUGGCCUACGAGGACCGGCUCUACGGCGACAUCCUGCAGUGGGACUUUCUCGACACCUUCUUCAACCUGACCCUCAAGGAAAUCCACUUCCUCAAGUGGUUUGACAUCUACUGCCCCAAUGUCCCCUUCAUCUUCAAAGGUGACGAUGACGUCUUUGUCAACCCAACCAACAUGCUCGAAUUUCUGGCUGACCGGCAGCCACAGGAAUACCUGUUCGUGGGCGACGUCCUGCAGAGCGCUCGGCCCAUCCGCAAGAAGGAGAACAAGUACUACAUCCCCGGGGUCCUGUACAGCAAGGCCAGCUACCCGCCCUACGCAGGCGGGGGUGGCUUCCUCAUGACCGGCAGCCUGGCCCGGCGCCUGCACCACGCCUGUGACACCGUGGAGCUCUUCCCCAUCGACGAUGUGUUCCUGGGCAUGUGCCUGGAGGUGCUGGGUGUGCAGCCCAUGGGCCACGAGGGCUUCAAGACUUUUGGCAUCUCUCGGAACCACAACAGCCGCCUGAAUAAGGAGCCCUGCUUCUUCCGCUCCGUGAUCGUCGUGCACAAGUUCAUGCCCGCAGAGCUGCUGGCCAUGUGGGGGCUGGUGCACGGCAACCUCACCUGCUCUCUCAAGCUCCAGGUGCUCUGACCCAGCCAGGCCACCAGGAUAGGCCAGGGCGUGUGCUCUUGAGCCCCCAGAGUAUGGGGACCGGAGCUGCAGUGCCCAGGGAUAACCUUUGGUCCCCUGCAGGGAGGUGGUGGGGUUUGGGUCUGUGUGUCACUGGGUGCAGUGGGGUGCAGAUUAUUCACAGAAAGUGAGGCCCAGCAAUGACUGCAGCUGCCCAGACUGGAGGCCCUCUGAGGAAUGGUGACACUGGCGCUGGCAGCCCUCCUGCCCUGGGUCCAUGGCCUGGCUUCCUCUGACCUGGUAGGAGGCCCUGGUGGCCUCUGAAGGAACCCUGUGCUCAGGUGCCUGGGCUAGGCCUGGCCCCAGUGGCUCUGUGGCUGCCCUCUUGUCCUUGCAGGGAAGAGUCUCCUUCUAUGAAAUGCCUCAGUCUCCCCAAGGGGCCAACUAGCCCUUUCAGGAGCUCAACCCUGUGCUGGCUCACAGGUGCCCCGCAGCCCAUACCCUGGUCUCCUGGAAGAGGGGGCGUCGG